AAAAGAAUACAUCAUUGACGUGCCAAAAUUAUAAAUUUCUCAUCUCAUUCUCUUGUAGUCAAACAAUCCUUUCUCCCAACACCCCACCCCCCCUCUUUCCCACCGUUUCUUCUUCCUUAGCCUAUUCACCAUAUUUCUGCCUUUGCUUGGUCUUGUUAUCUCCUCUGCUUCAAGUGGAUAAAACAGGGGAGAGCUAGACUGGUGGUUGUGACAUACUAAGAUGGCAGAUAGCAGCAGUAUUGAAGAGUUUUCUGUCUCCUCUCAAGAUCACGAGACUACUGCCACUGGUAAAAAAUAUGGAGGACUUAUGCCAAAGAAGAAGCCUUUGAUUUCAAAGGACCAUGAACGUGCCUUCUUUGAUUCCGCAGACUGGGCUCUAUGCAAGCAAGGUGCAGGAGUUGAUAAAAAAUCAGCAGUUGUUAUUGAGACAUUGCGUCCCAAGUUGCAAAGAUCAGCUCAUCAACAACUACCUCCUCGAAGACCUGCUUGUACAUCUUGACAUGUUGGACCUCUGCCUGCAGACUAAGUAGAUAAUACGUCACCCACAAAUGCAUCUAUUGUUUUGCAUAGUUAACUAUAUACACUACUGGAAAAUUCACCUAUGGCUACGCAGGGAAAAUCGUUCCAAUAGGUAAGACAACCGUUGCCAUAGACGUACUGCUACGGUUCAGCGUCCGUUCCACGAGCUGUCGUGGCUAUAGAGUUUAUGGAACGGUUGUUGGAACGGUUCCAGUAACUGUUGCUAUAGCAUAGUCUAUCGCUAAGGUUUUCCCUCCUCAUGUUGGAACGAUUAUUCUUAUCAAUUGCAACGGUUAAUAACCGUUACCAUAAAGUUAAAUGCAACGGCCAUAAACCGUUACUAUAUCUAUCGAAACCGUUACAGGUAUAAUAGAAAUGGCAACGAUUUCUUUAACAUAUUGCAACGGUUUGAACUACCUAUUGCAACGGUUUGGAGAUUGUUUUGGAACGGUUUAUAGAUACUAUGGCAACAGUUCACAAACAUAUUGCAACGGUUGUUAGAUUAUUUUGGAACGGUUUGCAGGUCCUAUGGCAACGGUGAUCUACCUAUUGCAACAGUUUUUAUAUGAUUUUGGAACGGUUUUCAGA